ACAAUGAAUGAAGAGAUAAUCCAACCAAACUUUUUCCAUUCCCACCCUCGGAAAAACCCAAACUCAGCGAGCCUACCCAGAAAGAGGAAAAUAUUCCUCUUCCCUUAGCUCCAACGCCGCCGGCUUCCUCCGGUCGCGCCGCCAGUCAAACCCGCCAUAGAUCUCGACCGAAGCAGGCUUACCAGGCAAGCAGGCGUCCUCUUCCUUCCCUUCCACCCGACUGGGUCGGUGUGGAGAGGAAGGUCCACUCGACGCUGCUCCUUUGGUUGGUUGUCGUCACAAGAAAGAUAGGAGUGCCGGCUGACCCAACUAUCCAAUGUAUAGUACUCCCUCCAUCCUAUAUCUUGUUCAAAGGUUAAAUGGCAAACAGAGCAAGGUGGGUGAUGAAGUUUGAAAAGGGGCUUAUUGAUAUACUACAUGAGAACAAUAAUUCGCACUAUAGGACUCCAAACGGAUGGAGAAGUGAGGGAUGGAAGAAAAUUGUUAAAGAUUUUAAUGAUAGGCACCCAGAUGCAGGGUUUACCAAAGUUCAAAUUCAGGAACAUGAGACUCAGCUGAAGAAAGACUAUAAAUUGAUAAAAUCCAUCCUCCAGCGUGAUGGUGUUUCAUGGGACCAGAAUGCUUCUAUGAUCAGAACAACAGAUGAAAUAUGGGAUGAGAUAAUUGAUGAGUCACCAAAAGCGCGGAAGUACCAAAGUAAGAGUUUUCCAUUGCUUCAGUCGCUGGAGAUGUUGCUUGAAAGGGAUAUUCCUGAAGGGGUUGGCAAUAUUGACGAGGAAGACAACAACACCAGCACACUGCGAAGCAUGUCUAGAAGACUUUCUGCACUGGUUCCUGGAAGCAUCGAUGAGGGUGAGAACAAUAUCAGCGCACUGCAGAGAACUCUGGAGCUAGGAUCACAAGGUCUGGAAGAUGUUGAUCUUCUGCAAAAUCACGAUGAAGAGGCAUUGGAAAGACCACAGCCUGGGGCAGACCCAAAGCCACAACAAAGAGCCGAUGAGCCCGCACAGUCAAGCUCCUGCAUAGAACCGCAAAAGGACAAGCGCAAGAAGCGUAAGGCGUCUGACAUCCAGCAAACCAUGGAGGCUUAUCUAGACUUCAGAAUGAAACAGGCUCGCACGAAAGAACAAACCAAAAAGGACGGCGAGCAGUUCUCGAUUUCAAGGUGUAUCAAGGCUCUGCAUUCUAUGACUGAUGUGUCUGAUCAGGUCAGGGUUCUAGCUGCUGAUGUCUUCAAGGAUGCGGUGAACCGGGAGAUCUUCCUCUCGUAUGAGCCGAGGCUUCGCGCUCUGUGGCUGAAGAGGGAGGUCAACAGGUUACUCUGUUGAUCAGCUGUUGUAGUGCAUCGCGGUGUCUUGUCUCCGAUUAAAUGUGAUCUUCCACACCCUGGAGUCCUUGGUACGGAGUAGGUUGUAGCAUACUUUCGGGUCAUAGAAGUAUUUCGUGCCUCCCCAUGUGUACUCAUGCAAUCCAUGCUUCAUGCCAAUUAUUUGGUUCUGUGAUUAGUAGCGGUAUGUGGUGUAUCACUUUUGUUGUUUGGUCUGUUUUUUGCUUUGCUAUUAGCUAAUUUACACAAGUGUUUUUUCGGA